AUGGCACAAACAUACAGACACAACGGCCAGUGUGGUAUCUUCAUUCAUGCUGGGGCGGGUUUCCAUAGCGUUGAUAAUGAGCUCAAGCAUCUGAAGGCCUGCGAAACAGCUGCCAUCAAGGGCAUGGCAUUCUUGCGCAACGGUGGCACCGCAGUCGACGCCGUUGAAGCAGCCCUAAUGACCCUUGAAGACUGCCCCAUCACGAAUGCAGGAUUUGGGAGCAACUUGAAUGCGAAAGGUGUUGUCGAGGGCGAUGCCUCGAUUGUCGAUCAUUUCGGACAUAGCGGAGCAGCUGGAGCUGUGCCAAACGUGAAGAACCCAAUCAUGCUAGCUCGCAAGAUCUACGACCAGGCCAACGUGCCACUAGGCAUGUCAAGAGUGCCUCCAAAUUUCAUUGCUGGAGAAGGUGCCAAGGAAUUUGCAUGGAAGCAUGGUAUAGUUCUCGUGCCUGAUGAAGCUUUGAUCACGCCGGCAUCUCUAGAAAGAUACAAAUCAUGGGCAGCGGAAUCCAAUGAUUACGAUCGUGACCACCAUAAAGAAAUGGUCGAUCCCUGGUGUCGCCGACCUCUGACUCCCCUAGAAGAUCGCAUUGAACGCCUCGAAUGCCUCGACCGUGCUAAAAACCCUGAGAUUUAUAUUUCAAGCAAUCUCAAUGCCCACGAGCAGACACCAGAAGAAGAACUGAAAGUGCUAAAACCCCUCACUCCGCUUGCUGGCGUGAAGGGGCGAUCAGCAAGUUCGCCAGAUCAGCAAGCAACGAAGAAGGCCAAGCUUGGUUGUUCGCACCAGCCUGUGCAGCCUCAGCAGCCCGUCUUUCCUGGGGGCCCAUUCCCCGAUGGGAGCUCCGAAUCCGACAACGAGAAGAAAGAGGAUGAUGUGAUUACCGACACUGUUGGCGCAAUUGCAAUUGACAGAUAUGGAAACAUUGCAGCAGGAUCUUCUUCUGGCGGCAUAGGUCUGAAGCACCCCGGUCGUGUUGGGCCUGCGGCUCUCAUUGGCAUUGGCACUCAUGUCAUGCCAGAAGACCCGACCGACCCAGAGGGGACUUGUUGCGCAGUCGUCACAUCUGGAACUGGGGAGCUUAUAGCUGCGACCCUUGCGGCAAGCACUUGCGCCCAGCGGAUGUACUACAGCCAGAAAAUGGGCCCCAACGGCUCGUUUACCCAUGUUUUAGAGGAGGAGGCACUCACAUCCUGGAUGAGAAGAGAGUUCAUCAGUAAGUCUUCUUCGUCAUUGUUAUUGUUGCAUGAGACUCAAAGUUGGUCUGAUCUUGUUUACUAG